AGCCGCAGUGGUGAUUGGUUUUAGUUUGUUAGCUGCCUGGAGCGUUAUUUUAAGAAAGCAGAAGCACCACUGUUUGCCACACUCCUUACAGAUCACACACCUUAACCCUGACUUUUUGGGCUCCAGUUUUUGAAAGAAGUGAAGGCAAGAUGAAGAACCAUUUGCUUUUCUGGGGAGUCCUGGCCAUUUUUGUUAAGGCUUUUCUUGUGACAGCCCAAGAUGAAGAGGAAAGGACUAUUGUUGUGAACAACAAGUGCAAGUGUGCCCGCGUGACUUCCCGGAUCAUCCCUUCUCCCGAAGACCCUAGUGAGGACAUUGUAGAGAGAAACAUCAGAAUCAUUGUUCCUCUGGGCAACAGGGAGAACAUCUCUGAUCCCACCACGCCAAUGAGAACCAAAUUUGUGUACCAUUUGUCCGACCUCUGCAAAAAAUGUGAUCCUGUGGAAGUGGAACUGGAAGAUCAAGUAGUUACAGCCACCCAGAGCAAUAUCUGUAAUGAGGACAACGAGACCUGCUACGCUUAUGACAGAAACAAGUGCUACACAAAUAGGGUGCCACUUUCAUAUGGUGGUAAGACUGUGAUGGUGGAAACAGCCUUGACCCCGGAAUCCUGCUAUCCCGACUAGUUCAAGUCCUUGCUGGCUGCGCAGCUCCCUGUCUUGAAAGGCUCUCCAUUUUGACCCAGAAAAUUAAUAUAUUUACCACCAAUGAAUUUGAAACCAUAUUUUUUUGAUAAUAUAAAACUUUUCCCCAAAGUAAUUGGAAUAGUAACAUUGCUAUUUUUAUUAGGUAAUUACAUUCUAAGUGUUGACUCUGUUAUCAUUCUGGGGUGUAUGAUCUUAAGAAUAUAAUUCCUAACAUUUAAAAGAUAGGUAAGAAGAAAAAAUGAAACUCAAAGUGAAAAUCAGGAUACAGAAUUAAAUUUUGUCUUUUUUUUUUUUUUGCUUUGCCUUGGAGAGCCAGAGCUUUUGCACAUUCUAUGCUGUUCUCUUUUUAAAAAGUAAAACUGUGUAGAGAAAAGUAACGUGUAAACAUAGGUUGAUUAUAGGUCUUCAUUAUGAAAAUGAUUGGAAAACAUGCUUUAGAAAUAUUUAUAAAAAUAGUUAAAUUGGGGUUUUUAAUAUUUAUGAAAUCAGUGAGCUGAAAGGGACAUAAUUAAAUCCAUAUUUAAAAAUAUGUUUUGACAUAAUACAGAUUUGAUAGCAGAUGAUACAAAUUUUUUAGGAUAAUCUAUUUUGGAUAAUCAGGAUAGCAUAAGAAAUUCCCAUUGGAAAUUGUCAAUGUUGUAACUGAAUCUAAUGAAAUAUCUAUUUCAAAAUAUGUAUUCUCUAGCACAGUUUGAAUAAUUAAAUAGAUUCUUAAGCAUA